ACCAGGCAGGAAGCGCAGAGCACGAGCACGACAGAGGAAGACGAGGAGGGAAAAGAAACAGCGAGAAUAAAAAGAGCAGGAGCGGGAGGAAGAAGAGGAAGAAGAAGAAGAAUAAGAAGAAGAAGAAGAAGAAGAAGAAGAAGCAGCAGCAGCAGGAGGAGGUGGAGGACUCGGGGGCCGCUGGAUGUAGCCGUUUUGCGGGUGUGUUUCGCGGGGAAUGUGCGGCUCCUCCUCGGCUCCAACUUUGUGAAUCUCUGCUCUGAUGGUGAGAGCAGGACGCAGAGGAUGGGAGUAACCUGGUCCUCCAGAUGCCUCGCUCUCUUUCUAGCUCUACACAUAGUCUCUGUGUUGCAGACGGUGCUGGUCAGUGCUGGUCAAUGUGACUCGGUGUUUAAAGGUUUCUCAGACUGUCUGCUUCAGCUGGGGGAGAACAUGGCCAACUAUCCCCAGGACCUGGACGACAGGGAGAACCUGCACAAGAUCUGCACUUACUGGGAUAACUUCCACUCCUGUGCCACGACGGCGCUGGCCGACUGCCAGGAGGGAGCGACGGACCUCUGGGAGAAACUGAAAAAGGAGUCCCGCAACCUGGAUUUCCGUGGGAGUUUGUUUGAACUCUGUGGCGGCGGCAACGGAGCCCCCAGAUCUGCCGACGCCAGGGGCCUCGCGUUGGUCCUAACCACACUGCCCACCAUACUGACUUGGCUGGCGUUUUAACAGAUACGAGGAAAAAAUAAAAAACACAAAGCGAAAAGAAGAAGAAGAAGAAAAUAAAAAAAAGGAAAAACCCAUAUGAAAAAAAGAAAAUAGAAAAAGAGUGAUAGCUACUCUUCGAUACAGAAAUUACGACUUCUAGGACUGCGUUUGACUUCAUCACCAGAAAACUACACCCACAAUGGAGUUUUUACUACGACAUCACUGUACGGCGGCCGGGUUUGCCUUCCUGGGACAUCUGCAGGCCGUCCUCCUGGAGCGCUCAUCCAAUCACACGCUGACCUGACCCAGAGGUCGAUGACAUGAAAUAUUCAACAUGCCGUCGAGCUGAAAUGAUGACAAUGAUGAAAAUUUGAUGGAUUCUUGCCCGCUUACAAUCGUGGAAUUACACAGUAUUAAAGUCAACUAUGAAUUAUUGAUGUUUAGUAGGCUAGGCCUAGACAGCACUAUGUGCCUGUUGGGUGCUGACACAGUAUCAGGCUAUAUAUUAGGGUUCCCAUGUAGCCUAAAGGCACAUCUUCAUGUGUAACGCGAGGCUGAGCUUAACUCCACAAAAUCAAUAAGACAAGCCGAGGCCUCGAGCCCAUUUCAGACCGCUCACCUCAUUUCCAUCACGGACAGUUUUUCCUUUUUUAUUGCGCCAAGUUGACUCUGUUGAGCCCGGUGGGUUUGAUGGACUGAAUGCUUGAUGGUGAUGUAAUAUUUGUAUUCUUAUUGGCUGUUUAUUGUGCUCAGGCCACGGUCACACCAGCUUUUGUUUAUCAAGUUGAAUUCAUUUGAAUGGAGUCGUCUUAAAUCGGUGGUGAAGUCAGUUUUUGCACAAUGUUCUCCUGUACAGUCUCAACUCUUACAGGUAAAUCUGUGGCAUUGACUAAAAGCAAAACUGCAAUAUUGUCUUUGACCCGUGCAGCAUGGCUUGCAGUCAAUCGUGAGCCUGCAGUAGGUGUGUUUUUACAUUUAUAGUGUUUUCCUUUUGGUUGUUGAGUUGGCUAGCACUUACAGAAUCAACACCACCUCUGCCAGUUUCUGGUGUGACCGUAGCCUAAUUCUUCCCCACCAAGCUCUGAGGUGCAGGGAUAUAGUCGAGAGUAUUUAAAGCCUGCUUUUCUUUAAAGACCAGUUUAGACUGAUGUUAACCUGCAUGAAGUCAGUUCAGACCGUCUCAAAACAUUUCAGGAGAUGAGCACAAACUCUGAAAUGUUGAUUAUUGCUGUCGACAGAAAAGAGCAUGGAACAACAGCUGUGACAGUUUUCCACUUGAGUUUGAGUUGUUCGCUAAUGUUUUCCACCCACUCAAAAGCAACUUUAAUUCAGUUGCUCCUACUGUUUAGCACUAGCUUGUGUAAGGCUAGCUAACAUUUUGAUUUAGUAAGUAAAACAAAUUGAGGCAAAGCAGCUAAACUUUGUUUAGCAAGUUGAGUGGUUAGCUAACAGUUUGGCUUAGAGGCCUAAACAAAUUGAUGAAGGCUAGCUAAUGGCCUGAGUUAGUGGCUAAAAUAUAUCAUGUGAAGUUAGCUAACAGUUGAGAUAGGUUAGCUAACAGUUCAAUUUCAUGGCUAAACCAGAGGUCAGUUAAUAAUUGUUCAUUUAAGCAGUUAAAACCAAAUGAGUCAGAUUAGCUAAUGUGUUUAUUAACAAAUUGAUGAAUGUUAGCGAAGUUUGAGUUAGCCGCUAAGACAUCUUUGAAAUUUAAAUUUAACAGCUAGAACAGAUUGUGAUACGUCAGCUAACAGUUCAGUGUAGUGACUGGAGGAGAUGGAGCUAAACUACAAUGCGACAGUUUAUAAUUAAGCAGUUGAAACAGAUUGUGUCCAUUUAGUUAACAGGUUAGUUAAGCAUCUAAAAGAGAUAGUUUCAGGUUAGCAGUUUCAGAGUUUUAGCUAAAACAGACUGUGGUUAGCUAAUACUUCACUUAAUAUAUUGAAUCAGGUUAGCUUAUAGUUUAAUUUAGCAGCUAAACCAGACUAGCUAACAGUUCAGUUUAAGAGAUUGAGGCAGGUUAACAAUUAAGUUUAGAGGCUAAAACAGACAACGUUUUCGUUAUGAGCUAAAUGGGAUUGUGUCAUGUUAGCUACGCAUUUGGUUUAGCAGCUAAAACAUAUUAACCAUAUUAGGUCAGUUAAAACAGAAGCUAACAAGUGGCAACAGCAGCUAAACCAGACUAGCUAAAAGGUCAGUUUAGUAGUUAAAAGGCUAUCAGGUUAGCAUGCUGCAACAUUUUAAAAGAGUUUAGCAUAGCAUCUUGAUCCUGGAUUAAAUAAACAAAACUUAAAUAUAUUUUAUGAGGUAAACAUGAGAACAUGUCUUCAGACGUUGUGCUCAUUUCCUGAAUCCCUUGAGUUCAAAGUGUAAGUGACUGUAGGACACGACAGACCAAAACUCAUCCAGAUGUUUUCAACGUAAAAGAAGAAGGAGCACAUUAGAUUGAACUGUAUUCAUGUCGGUGGUCGAUUUCCCGCCGUUCUCCUGUCCUGCCACAUCCCCGCUCAGCAGAACCAUGUGUUAGAAACGAAUGAGUCUGUGAGCAAAAAGAAAUAGAAAGAAAGAGAAAGAAAUUAGAUUUUCUUGCAAAGCUGAAGCAAUACGAAGAAAUGACUUCAUGGCCAGUGUAGCUAAAAUAAAAAAAUAAAAAAAUCAAACCGUGGCUGAAGAGCGAUAAGACUGUUGCCAUUUAGCACAUCCCCCCUUUUCAUAUGCCAGUGAUUCAUACUAGACGACCUUAGAGGUGAUAUACAGUAUUUUAGGUCUGUAUGUUAGAUUAAAAAGCCGAGUCCCAACAGUACAGUAGCAUCAUAAACUACAUAAAUACAGUAAAUAAAUUUGAGGAGGUUGUUGAUUUCUUUGCUGAGGCGCAGACGUUUCCACUGCCUUCUGACAAAAAGAUAUGUACUUCUGUUUGUUUGUUGGUUUGUCUCUUUGUUUGUUUAUGGGGAUGUUGCGUAACAAAAAGAGUUUUAAAAAAAAAAAAAAGGACUUAUUCCAAAAGUUAUCUAACAAGAGAAUAUGUAUAUCAAAGAGGAUUUUGAGAAAAUAAAAAUAAAAAAGCUCUAUUAUAGAUAGUCUAUCCCAGACAGUUUUAACACAAGAUUGAUACUUUACAAAUUAUAGGCCUACUGAGAUAUAAAAAAUAAAAGAUUGCUAAAAUGAUAAAGAGUAAAUAAAUAAAAUGACUAAUGUUUGAAAAGAA